AUGGCCGAGCAAGCCGAACCGGUCAUCGAUGGGGCUCCGGCUGCGGCCAAUAUGACCUUUUCCUUCUACGAACAGGCCACCGCCUCGCUGGUCCUCUACGGGCUCUCGCUGCUCUGCAUCUUUUGGGGCGGCAUCAACUCGGCCAACUUUGUGCGGCGGUUGAUCAGCAAGAAGCGCUUGAUUGAGACGUCGAUCACCGUCAACGAGGCUCGCAAGUUCCCGAUCACCGCCUCCAUCGUGCUGUUCUCCCUCUACAUCUUUUUCAAGCCCGACGGUAAGGCUUGGCUCUGUGGGUUCCUGGCGACGUAUGUGCCGACGCACAUCUCGGAGAAGCUCAACAAAACGCUGCUGCCCCAGGAGGGCAGCGUUGGUCUCUUCCAGCGUAUCGAAAGUCAUGUCCCCGAGAAUGCCAAGUAUCUGCUCGAGUACAUCCCCACCGUCACCAAGCAGCACUUUAUGACCUUCCUUCUCGUGUUCCUCUGUUUGGAAGGCUGCGUCGCUUUGGCUGGAAUUCUGAAGCCCUUCUAUCAGCGAUUCUUGCGAAUUCUCCCCAUUGGCGACAGGUGGCCCCGCCGCAACACUCCGUACCUGAUCUCCUUCAAGAAGGGAAAGAAGGAAAUGGAUGCUGGAGAUAUCGAAGAGGCUGGAAAGAAGGAUACGGAGUACCUCUUCAAAAUGGAAUACGACAGCCACGACCUGAUCGGCUUUGUCCUAUGCUCGGCCGUCGCCAUCUCCCAUCUCUACCGCAGGCACUGGGUGACCAACAACAUCCUCGGCGUCGCGUUCUCCAUCUACGGCAUUGAGAACCUCCACCUCAGCUCGUUCAAGGCAGGCAGCCUGCUGCUCUCCGGCCUCUUCGUCUACGACAUCUUCUGGGUGUUCGCCACGGAUGUUAUGACUUCGGUGGCAAAGGGCAUCGAUGCGCCGAUUCUUCUCCAAUUCCCGCAAGACUUCUACCAGAACGGGUGGCUCGAGGCCAGCAAGCACUCGAUGCUCGGUCUCGGCGACAUUGUCAUCCCGGGUAUCUUCAUCGCGCUCCUCCGCCGUUUUGACCAGCGUCUUGGCGCGCAGGGCAACAAGCCGAAGGACGCGAAGGGACGGUAUUACUUCAUCACGACGAUCAUCGCCUAUAUGCUCGGCCUCUUCAUCACCAUGGCCGUCAUGCACCAUUUCAAGCGCGCCCAACCCGCCUUGCUCUACUUGGUGCCCACGUGCCUGUUGAUUCCGAUCCUUUUGUCGUUGAUUAGGGGCGAAUUCUCCGACCUGUGGAACUACGACGAGGGCCAUCUGAUCGAAAAGGACGAGGAAGAGAAGAAAAAGGUCACCCCCGCCAAAAAGAACAAC